GCGGGGCUCACACUGGAGGAGACCUGAAGGGGAGGGCCAGCCCCAAGAAGGCGCAGAGGACCUCUGGGAAACCAGAAAUUAAGACCGACAGUCUCUCCUCCGCUUCCAAAGCUUUUCCCUCUUCUGCUCUGUAGUCGGCCCCGGAACUCCUUCCGCUCUGCGCCUCCAGCCUCGAGACAAGGCCUGGGAAAGCUGGAGGAGCUUCAGGGGGGACUCACUGGGGCUGCUUUGCUGCCUCCACAGGGAGCCUGGAGUGCCCGGAUGGCCUUGGAGAGGGACAGACUCGCAGCCCAGGAGGUGGUGAUGUUCAAGGAUGUGGCUGUGGACUUUACACGAGAGGAGUGGCGCCUCUUGUCCCCUCCUCAGAAGGAGCUGUACAAGGAGGUGAUGCUCGAGAAUGCCCGGAACCUGCUCUCUGUGGGACUUCCAGCUCCCCCAGAAGAUAUGAUCUCUUCUUUGGAGCAGAGGGAAGCCCUGUGGAUGCUUGAGCUAGAAGACCUGAGGAGCUGCUGCCCAGAAGGAGAGAUCAGACCUGAAAUGAAGAAGAAUCCAGUAGAUAUGAGCGCUUCUGUAUUAGAAAUGGACUUACAAAGAUUCAUGAGCAAUGGGCCUGAUAACUUUGCUUUCAGAGUAUUCUGUGUUGCUCCUCAAAAUUCAUCUGAUAUUGAACAUCAAAGAAUGCACACUGAGGAAAAAUCGAGUGAAAGUAAUGAGUAUGGAAGGACUUUUCUGAAUGGGGACAGUCUUGCUGAACAUCAAAGAAUGCACACUGGGGAGAAACCGUAUGAAUGCAAGGAAUGUGGAAAGACAUUCCUUAAGAGCUCCCAACUUGGUGUACAUCAGCGAAUCCACACUGGGGAGAAACCUUAUGAAUGCAAGCAAUGUGGAAAGAAAUUCACAGAUAAAUCCACUCUUUCUAAACAUCAGAGAAUCCACACUGGGGAGAAACCUUAUGAAUGCAAGCAGUGUGGAAAGACAUUUAGUCGGAGCUCCCAUCUUGCUGUACAUCAGAGAAUCCACACAGGGGAGAAACCUUAUGAAUGCAAACAAUGUGGAAAGUCAUUCAGUCAGAGCUCCAGUCUUUUUGUACAUCAGAGAAUCCACACUGGGGAGAAACCUUAUGUAUGCAAACAAUGUGGAAAGUCAUUCAGUCGGAGCUCCAGUCUUUUUCUACAUCAGAGAAUCCACACUGGGGAAAAAUAUUAUGAAUGCAAACAAUGUGGAAAGUCAUUCAGUUGCAGCUCCAAUCUUGCUGUACACCAAAGAAUUCACACUGGGGAGAAACCUUAUGAAUGCAAGGAGUGUGGAAAAACAUUCAGACUGAGCUCCCAUCUUGCUGUACAUCAGAGAAUCCACACUGGGGAGAAACCUUAUGUAUGUAAACAAUGUGGAAAGUCAUUCAGUCGGAGCUCCAAUCUUUUUCUACAUCAGAGGAUUCACACAGGGGAGAAACCUUAUGAAUGCAAGCAAUGUGGUAAGACAUUCAGUAUGAGCUCCCAUCUUGCUGUACACCAGCGAAUCCACACUGGGGAGAGGCCUUAUAAAUGCAAGCAAUGUGGAAAAACAUUCACAAAUAACUCCCAUCUUGCUGUACAUCAGAGAAUUCACACAGGGGAGAAACCUUAUGAAUGCAAGCAGUGUGGAAAGACAUUCCGUCGGGGGUUCCAUCUUGCUGUACACCAGCGAAUUCACACUGGGGAGAAACCUUAUGAAUGCAAGCAAUGUGGAAAAGCAUUCACAAAUAACUCCCAUCUUGCUGUACAUCAGAGAAUUCACACUGGGGAGAAACCUUAUGAAUGCAAGCAAUGUGGAAAGGCAUUCAAAGAGAGAUCCAAACUUACUGUACAUCAUAGAAUCCACACUGGGGAGAAACCAUAUGAAUGCAAGCAAUGUGGAAAAAUAUUCACAGAUAACUCCAAUCUAGCUGUACAUCAGAGAAUCCACACUGGGGAGAAACCUUAUGAAUGCAAGGAUUGUGGAAAGACAUUCACUCAUAGCUACAGUCUUGCUGUUCAUCAGAGAAUCCACACUAGGGAGAAACCUUAAGCUUUGUGGGAAAAUGUUUAUAUGUAGUUUCAGUCUUGGUGAUUUAUGAAGGAAAUUUUCCCUUUACCCUUUCUGGGGCAGUAUACCUAGCGUGAGUCUGAACUUGUCACAGAGGUGAGCAUUGCAUGAUGGAAAUCAUUUAAUGAAGAUGGAAUGGCAGCAGGUAAAAGGUAGUAAUAGAGUUGAGAGGUCACAAGACAGAGGCUGGAUGAUGUCUCUUGUACUGCCCCCUUUGGGGGCCCAGGCAAAAUAAAAAACCUGUUGGUUCCUGAGACAAGAUUUGAGUUAGUGGGUGAAGAAAAGGUUUGAUAAAUGGAGGUAAGAACAGAUAUCAAACCUCUUCUCUUUCAAUUUUGUUCCUGGCUGGACUUCCCUGAAAGCAUGGCUAGGGCACCCUAAUGGUGACCACAGAAUAGAAAACAAAAUGGAGCAGUGAGGAAAAUAUUUCCUAUUUUUCCAUCUUUCCCCCCUACUACCUUAGUUUAAAUAAAAUUAAUUUAGGGCCAGACUCAUAAUUUUCCCUCUCAUAUAUCGUAGAAACCACAGACAUUCACACUGAGCUGUCACCUUACUCAAAAUCAGACAAUUCACUCUACUAUGUCAUGAAUUCUCCUAAGAUGAGGUCCACAUUGGCAUAUGAUUAAGACCUAAAGUGUAAUCCCAUAAGAAUUAAAGGAGCAUAGAAUAGUUUACCUUUCAGAUCAAUUUCUUGAUAAGGAAGAAUUUAUGGCAAUUUAAGAAAUAGAUAACAAAUUCAAACUGCACAAACAAAACUAAUACAAUCAAGAUAAAAAGAGGAAACAAGAAGUUAUCAUUUGCUUUACAACAAUAUUACAUACUUCAGGUUUUAAAAAUUCUAACUAUUCUUGAAGCCUUAAUUCAUUUCAUGUUAACUGGAUCUAAUGUGGAGUUAAUUUAGUAAGAAAAUAAUGUCUUUGUUCUGUAGAAAUUUGUAAUUAGCAUCAUUUUCUCUAUAAAGUUUUUCCAAAAAUUCUUAUAAAGCAAAAAUUUUAAAAUACCAUGAUAUUGUGGAUUUAAAAUAUGAAACAAAAUUUAAUAAAAUAAAAUUAUUGACAUUCCAAUGCCUUAAUUGUUCAAUCAGGAGAUUGCAACUUUAUCUUCCCCUAAAAUAAGGUUUAAGUGGGGUGGAGUAAUUUAAAGUUUACUAUCCCCUCUGAUGAUCAUUGGGAGACUAGUCUCCCCAUUGGUCAUUUAACAUAAUCAUCUUGUAGUCCUAAAGCACUUUUAACUACAGAUGUAUACAAUAUUCAACUUCUAAGAUGAAAUUUACAAUAGUUAGAUAGAAAUAGAAAAGAGAGAAAGCAAAACCAAUGUUUUGCUAGGCACAUUGAGAAAAAGCCAAAUUAGGGGCAGUCCCCUUUGGCAUGAAAGUGUACAUUUACAUGUUCAAUCAAACUUCAGUUCAAUCAACCACAUCCAAAGUUCAUGCUUGAUCUUCUUGAUGUAGUGUGGAUUUUCUGGUAUCUUUCUGCAACAGUUCAUUCUCUGGAUUUAGGAAUUAGUAAGUGUCUUCCUUGAAGAUCUUUCUCAAACAAAAUUUUUCAAACAAAAAUUCAAAAUUUUGGAUUUUUAUUACAAUACAACCCCCCCCAUAAAGUGGGUGUUAAAAAAAAAGCAUCCAGUUCAGCUCAGGAUGCAAUGAUGAGUUAUGGGGUUGUAUGAGUCAAUUAUCAAAAGAAGAGAAAAACAACAAAAAAAUAAGGAAAGGAAAAAAUGGAAAGAAAGAAAAAAUUCAAAAUAGACCCUUAUUUAGGUUUAAUAAAUUUCUAAUAACCCCUUGUAUAGCUCCAAUUUAAAGUAGUUUCUAUCCACAAGUCUGUGGGACAGAAUUCAGUAAUAUUUCACUUUCCCAUUUGCAGCCAAGACUGCAGGAAGUUGCCAUACUAUAAGAAGAAAAGAAACUAGAAUUUUAUUUUGAUAGGGAAGUGUCAUUCCUUGGUCUUAUUUUUUGUCAUUCUCAGGGAUAUGGGGAGCCAGGAUGAUAGUUAAACUUUGGUACUUAUCUGAGUACAGAAAGAGUGUAGAUACAAGGAAGUCCUAUGACUUAACAUAUGUCAAGCAUUGCAACCUUGAGUUUCACAUUAGUUUCCCUGUGUGCUCUUUUUGGCACUAUUCAAGUUAAUUCUGUGCUCUUUGUUUUUAUCCCAUUUCCUAGAAUCAGACACAAACAUUAAUCACAGUCCCAUAACACUUAUCAAUAAAUGGUGGGUCCCCACAGUCUAAAGCUGUCUGGGUAUGUAUUAAUAUUAUAGCAAAACUAACAUUGUAUGUACCUUAAGUACGAGAAAUGAAAAAAAAUCAAAUAUUCUCAUCAAAAUAAAAGAAAAGCAAUAAUAUAAAUAAGGGGGAAAGGAAAAAAAUCAUGAAUUCAAUGUGUUCUUGAAAAACAGCAUCUACUUCUCAAUGGAUUAUUAUCUCCAAUUCAUGUGAUAGUAUACAGUCAAUGAGUCUCAACAGAAGAUGUUCCUUUCACAUGUGAGCAAUGAAUCCAAGAGUCCUCUCCAAUCUUUAUAGAUAUUGGAGUAGUUAGCAAUAUUUGAAAUGGCUCUUCCCAGGAAGGUUGAGUUGCUCCAGUAUGCUGGAAAUUUUUAAUAUACAACUUAUCGCCUGGGUUCAGGUCAUAAAGAGAAAAGUCUAGUGGUCCGGCUUGUACUGCAGCUCUGGAUUCAUGAACUUCAUGCAGUUUGUGCUGUAUUUCCUGCAUAUAGGAAGAAAUAGUAGUAUCCCCCUAAUAGUGAUGUAUAUGCAGGGGAGAAAGGUUUAGCCUGUAUAGGUGGAUGUCCAAAAAGCAUCUCAAAUGGUGAGAUGUGUAGGUUUCCUCUAGGCCUGCUUCUAAGAUAAAAUAGGGCCAGAGGAAGAAUUUCAGUCCAUUUUAGAUGUGUCUCAGUGCAUAAUUUGCCAAUUAUAGUUUUAAGAUCUCUGUUUAUUCUUUCAACUUGGCUCUGGAGAUGAUAUGGAACAUGGAAUUUGGGAGUUAUCCCCAAGCAAGAAUAUAUCUGAUUUAGGACAGAAUCAGUAAAAUGACUUCCUCUACCUGAAUCAAUAUGUGCUGGUAGGCCAAAGUGAGGAAUAAUUUCUUUUAAAAGCACCUUAGCAACAAAAGCCGCUGUGGCUCGGGUCGCAGGAAAUGCUUCCGGCCAUCUGGUCAGUUGAUCUACUAUGACUAAACAAAAUUUAUAUUGUCCAGCCUUUGGCAUUGUUAUGAAAUCUAUCUGUAGAUAUUUAAAAGGUGUGUAAUCCAGAGGACGCCCACCAAAGGCUUUUCCACAAAAAUCAUGUUGGUUAUAUGCUUGGCAUGUAGGGCAGGCUGUUCACACUUUAGAAGCUAUAAUAGUUAUCCCAGGGGCUAUCCAUUCUCUCUUAACAGAGUCCAGAAUACCCUGGGUGCCAAAGUGACUAUUUUUAUGAAUAGAUAAUCACACACAACCUAUACCAAGAUAAAUUCAAAAUGGGUAAAUGACAAAUAUAAAGAGUGAAAUUAUAAAUAAAUUAGGUAAAUAUAGAUUAGUAUACCUGUCAUAUCCGUGGGAAAGGAAGGAAUUUAAGACCAAGCAAGAGAUAGAGAACAUUGCAAAAUAUAAAAUGAAUGACUUUGAUUAUAUCAAAUUUAAAAGGUUUUGUACAAACCAAACCAAUGCAAACAGAAUUAGAAGGAAAGCAACAUACUGGGAGAAUAUUUUGAUAACAAAACUCUGUAAAAGGUUUAAUUUCCAAAAUAUAUCAGGAACUAUGUCAUAUUUACAAAAAAAUCAAGUCAUUCACCAAUCAACAAAUGUUCAAGAGACAUGAAUAGGCAGUUUUCCUGUGAUGAAAUCAAAACGAUCAAUAAGCACACGAAAAAGUGUAAAUUGCUCCUGAUUAGAGAAAUGCAAAUUAAAACAACUCUGAGAUACCACCUCACACCUAGCAGAUUGACCAAUAGGACAGUGUGGAAGAGGCAUGCAUGCAAAGAACAGAAGCUGGAGAUGAAUCAGCUGUCAAUCAAAGGAAAAUUCCAUUUGGAAUGUUACCAGGAAAAGCAGUUUGGGAACCAAGCCUAAGGUGACUGUUUUGAGGCUUUGGGCUGAUGGUGACCCUGAAGGAAGAAGCUGGGUUUCUCUGGGACCUGGGAUAAUCAAGUUGGCGGUGGCCUGGCUGAUUUGAAGGCAGAAGGACAAUAGUCCAUGUAAUUCUCUCUGACUGUUUCAUGCUAGUGACUGAAUUGCCAUUUCUCUCAAUAUACUCCAACCUAACAUUCAUUAUAGAUAAUAGGGAAAUCCCACUCCUCUUACCUUAUCCUUUAUCUUUUUUUUUUUCCCCAACAAACCCUCACUUGAGACAAAGAAGAGAAAAGAGCAUUUCCACUGAAACAUCACAGCUCACUCUGAGUGACUUAGAAGGAGACUGAAGAAGAAGGCAGAGGGGAAACUGAAGGGAAGAAGAGGGCAGGAGGGGGGAUUUGAAGAGGGGAGGAAGGGAGGUAUAGAGGGAGGAGGAUAAGCAAAGGAAGAUAACUACCUGAUCCAUUAGUUAUCUACUAUCCAUCAAAUAUACCCUCCAAAUAUUAUCUAUUACAAUAGCAAAGUAAUGUGAUAAAUGUUGGAGGGGAUUUGGCAAAAUUGGGACACUAAUACUAUGCUAGUAGAGUUGUGAAUUGGUCCAACCAGUCUGGAGGAAAAUUUGGAACUAUGCACAAAGGGCUUUAAAUGACUGUCAACCCUUUGACCCAACAAAAACACUGCUGGUUUUGUACCCCAAAUAGAUAAUAAGGAAAAAGCCUUGUACAAAAAUAUUUAUAGCCACAAUCUUUUGUCGUGGUAAAAUACAUUGGAAUGAGGGGAUGUCUAUCAAUUGGGAAAUGGCUGAACAAAUUGUGGUAUAUGUUGGUGAUGAAAUAUUAUUGAGCUGAAAGGAAUAAAAAAAUGGAGGAAUUCCAUAAAAAAAUUAAACAAUAUUUUUUAAAAAUCCAUGUGAACUGGAAAGACCUCCAUGAAAUAAUGUAGGGUGAAAGGAACAGAACCAGAACGUUGUACACAGACACUGAUACAUUGUAGCACAAUCAAUAGUAACUGAUUUUGUUAGUAGUAACAAUGCAGUGAUCCAGGACAAUCCCAAGGGACUUGUGAGAAAGAACACUAUCCACAUCCAGAGAAAGAACUGUGGGAGCAGAAACAUAGAAGAAAAACAUAUGAUCAAUCAUGUAGUGAGGUGGGGAUGUGAUUAGGCUUUAAAUGUUAAAGGAUUGCUCUACUGCAAAUAGGAAUAACAUAGAAGUAGAUUUGGAACAAUGAUAUUCCUCUAACCCAGUGGAACUACUUGUAAGCUUUGGGAGGGAGGAGGAGAGAGAGUGUGUGUGUGUGUGUGUGUGUGUGUGUGUGUGUGUGUGUGUGUGUGUGUAUGUGUAAUUAUGAAUCAUGAUGCUGUGAUGGAUGUAGACCUGGGCGUCUAAAUCAAAUACCGACUGGAUGGCUCACUAUUCGACCUUCGCCGCCUGACCACAAAAACAAAGACAACAGAGAGACUCAUCCUGGAAGCUCUCUUCGCAGAUGACUGUGUUCUCAUGGCCCACCAAGAAAAUCAUCUCCAAACCAUUGUGGACAGGUUCUCCACCGCAACAAAACUGUUUGGCCUGACUAUCAGCCUCAGUAAAACAGAGGUGCUGUUCCAACCUGCACCAGGGAGGCCAACGAACCAGCCGUGCAUUACAAUCGAGGGCACGCAGCUUUCUAACGUCAACACUUUCAAGUACCUGGGCAGCACCAUCACCAACGACGGGUCCCUAGACCACGAGAUCAAUGCCAGGAUCCAAAAGGCCAGCCAGGCACUUGGGCGGCUGCGCUGCAAAGUCCUCCAACACAGAGGUGUAAGCACUGCGACGUAGCUCAAAGUGUACAACGCAGUGGUCCUCAGCUCGCUCCUGUAUGGUUGCAAGACAUGGACGCUGUACCGGAAGCACAUGAAACAGCUGGAGCAAUUCCACCAACACUCUCUCUGGUCAAUCAUGAGGAUCCGAUGGCAGGACCGAAUCACCAACCAGGAAGUCCUCGACAGAGCCAACUCCACCAGCAUCAAAGUCCUGGUCCUCAAAACCCAGCUACGAUGGUCUGGACACGCCAUCUGCAUGGACCCACAGCGAAUACCAAGACAGGUAUUCUAUGGUGAACUGUCAGCUGGACUCAGGAAAUAAGGCCGACCAAAGAAAAGAUUCAAGGAUCAGCUAAAGUCCAACUUGAAGUGGGCUGGCAUGACACCAAAGCAACUAGAACUUGCUGCCUCUGACAGAAGCAGCUGGCGAGCCCACGUUCACCAUGCUGCCACCACCUUUGAAGAUGAGCGACAUCGACGUCUUGACGCUGCGCAUGAACGCCGACACCAGGCCACAACUGCACCUCCCGUAACAACUGGCGUCCCAUGCCCCAUGUGCUACAAACUGUGCACCUCAGCCUUUGGACUCCAAAGCCACAGGAGGGUACAUCAAUAGAUGAUAAUGCACAAAGACAAUUGUCAUUCUCGGUCACCGAGAGACUACCACUAACUAACUAUGGAAAAAUAUUUUAAAUUAAAAUAAGAAAAAAGAACAUAAUUCCUAGAGGUGUGCCUCUUGGAUGGGAGAAUGUGAUAGUUAACGGAGUCUGAAUAGAGAAGAGGAUGAGGAAGGGGCAAGCAGAGAGUAUCACUCACAGAACUAUGGACUGAAAUUGGAAUUACUAGGAAGCCUACCCCCAAAGGAGAUGAGAGAAGGCUAGGGCAGGAGUUUGGUCUUUUUUAUGCUUAUUUGUGUUGGGAGGGGGGAGGAAAACUGACCAGCUUCUCUCUGUGCUACCUUACAAUAACCAACGUGCAUUUCGUGGCAAAGCGUUUGGUGGGCGUCCUCUGGCUUACACACCUUUUGAACAUCUACAGAUAGAUUUCAUAACAAUACCAAAUGCUGGAAGUUAUAAAUUUUGUCUAGUAAUAGUAGAUCAACUAACCAGAUGGCCGGAAGCAUUUCCUGCAACCCGAGCCACAGCAGAUUUUGUUGCUAAGAUACUUUUAAAAGAAAUUAUUCCUCACUUUGGACUACCAGCACGUAUUGAUUCAUAUAAAGGAAGUCAUUUUACUGAUUCUGUCCUAAAUCAGAUAUAUUCUUGCUUGGGAAUAACUCCCAAAUUUCAUGUUCCAUAUCAUCCCCAGAGCUCAGGCCAAGUUGAGAGGAUUAACAAAUAACUUAAAACUAUGAUGGGGAGACUAGUCUCCCAAUGAUCAUCAGGGGGGAUUGUGAAUCUUAAAAAUUCUCAGACCCUACUUCAGAACACUUGGUUAAGACCAUUCCCCAUUUUAAACAAUGAAGGGACUUAGUCAGGAAUGUGAGAACUCUACUCCACCCAUACUUAAGCAUACUUUAGGGGAAGAUAAAGUUGUAAACUCUUUACUGAACAAUGAAAAAGUACUUAACCCAUACUUAUAGUGAGGCCAAGCACUUAAGCUAAGUCUAUUUUUAGAUCUAAUACAAAGAGGUGCUACGUACCUAUGAAGGUUAAGCAAUUUGCAAACUUGCAAGGGGCAAAGAGGUGUGAACUUACUCAAAAGUUUAGUCUACUCAGGUGUGAAUUAAGAAUGGUUUGUCCUUUGGAAAAUGUCUACUGUAAUUGGUAGAUGUGAGAACUUAGGGAAGGUGACAUAGAAGAAAAUUCUCUUUAAAAGGAGCUGUCUGAACCAGUUUAGGAGAGUUCAGGAAGAAUUCAGUGUUGGAAGCUGAAGUGGAGUUCAGGAGCUGAACUGGUGGGUCUCUCUGAACACUAGAAUGUUGCUUGGGACAAAUCUUGUGGUAAGUGGAUUAAAGACUGAUUGGGAAUUUUUCCCUGGCGACCACUUUAUUUUUGAUGUAAACCAUAUUUCCAUGGUCACAGUUUAUGCCAACCACUCUUUUAAAUGUUACACAAUCAAGCACAAGUUCAGAGACCAACCAUUCCCGAUGGGGUUGAUGAAAAUUCUAAGCCAAUGCAAAUGACUUGAACCUAGUGUGAGACUCGAGGUUGCAAAGCUUGACAGAUGCUAAGACAUAGGCCUUCCUUGUAUCUACACUCUUUGUGAAAAUACAGACAAGUAUCUCAAAUUUGGCUCCUACCUGUCUCCUAUUAUCUAAAAAAUAAAUAAAAAUAAAAAAUCA